UUGCUCUCUACAACUCAACUCAGCCAAACAUUAAAACACACCAUGAAAAUGAAGAAACGUUCAGUAAUCGUCUUUUUCAUCAGUCUCCUAUUGGCUGCAGCUAUCUGUGCUACCAAUGGGGAAUUGGUGAAAGAUUCCGACGGAAAUCCAGUUCAAGUCGCUAGACCAUACUUCAUCCAACCGGUUAAGACGGAGAAUAAUAGUGGUGGUGGCCUUGUCCCAGCCCCCAAUACAAUAUUUCCUUUGUGUCCGCUUGGCAUCUCUCAGAUACCAAUUGCAGACCAACCGGGCCUACCUGUUAGCGUCACAUAUCCAUUCAUUCUCCCAGCACUCAUUGUGACAUCUUCCAUUGUAAACAUCGAGUUCAAGUCCAACAUAUGGCCGGUUUGCAACGAGUUUUCCAAGUAUUGGGAAGUCGAUGAUUCCUCAAAUGCUAGCAAGGAACCAGCGAUUCUCAUCGGUGGUAAUCCCACGAGCCCAAAUAGUUGGUUUAAGAUAGAGAAAGCUGGUGAAGAAUCCGGAGAAAACACUUACAAAUUGACCACCUUAAACGGAACCGUUGGAGCCAUCCAAGGGGCAUGCUUCCGUGCACCACAAUUAGUUCUGACCAAUGAUGAUGCUAAGAUCUUACUCGUCAAGUUCAAGAAAGUUAAUGAUGAUACGACGGCUAUUCCUUCUACUUCCACGGUAGAUAGUUUACGUCAAAGGAUGUUCCCAUUCUACUAGUCAAAAUAUCUUAUGUAAUGUUAAACAUGAGACUCUCGUCGUCCAUGACAAAAAUAAUGGGUUGAGAUAAUACCUGCAAGCAUGACGCAUGUACGUGAACGUGUCUUUACUUAUAAAAUAAAUGAAAUAAAGUU